AUGGCGGACAGCAUUCUGUUCGAGGACAUAUUCACGCUCACCGACAUGGACGUCGGCGGGAAGAAGUUCGACAAAGUGUCGCGCGUGGAGGCGCGUAGCGAGCAGUUUGACAUGGCGCUGUCGCUGGACGUGAACACGGAGGUGUACCCGCUGGCCGUGGGCGACAAGUUCACCCUCGCGCUCUCGCCUACACUCAGCCUCGAAGGCGUCUCAGACGAGGGCGUGUACGACCAGUCGGGGCGGCGGUCGCUGAUGGACCGCUACGAGUACGUGAUGUACGGCAAGCUCUACAAGUACAGCGACGCCACCGGCAGUGCCGCCGACGCGGAAAUCUACGUCUCAUUUGGUGGUUUGCUCAUGCGCUUGGCUGGGGACAGCACAAAUCUAAAAGAUUUUCAUAUUGAUCAACGGCUGUAUAUUCUUAUUAGAAAGGGGGAGGAGCAAGGCCGAGACGAGUGGGGGGAGGAGCAAGGAAGGGGUAGGGGAGACGGUAGACGCGUAGGAGGAGGAGAGGCGGUGGGGCGUGAGAUGGACGAGGUGGUGCCGAGAGGCGUCAAGCGAGCCCACUCCGACUCCCGCGACGCUCGCAGCGACCGGCAGCCUGGCGCGUGCGACGCUGCGUCGCUCGCCACAGCUGCUGCGACGGGUAACCACAUGCCGAAUGGCGACGUCGCUAGCGGUCUAACAAUUCUUUCACCGAACGAGCAGCCGCUAGCGUCGUCGUCGCUAGCAGCAGCGCAGCCGACAGCGUUUGGUUCCAUCGCAGUCAUGGCGUCAGGUUCAAGCGCGUCAGGGAGUGCACUGAGCGCGGGUCACGACGGCCAUAUGAAGCGACGCAGAGGCGCCUUCGAAACGCCUCUUAACGCCGCAGCAGCAGGCGCGUGCAGUGGGGUUCGGCAAGCUGGCCUCGCGGGUUCGAAUCUCGGCGUCAGCAACGGCAGUGGCGAAGGCUCGGCAGCAGCUGGUGCGGGCUGCGAGGAGCGCGCUCGACUGGCAACGCACGCAGGCGGCUCCGGCGGUCAUGCCGCGGGCACCGCUGCAGACAUGGAUACAGCCGUCGCGGCUGUUUCUGCCGCGGGUGCUCCCCCGCGCCCUGCCGUCGCGCUGGCGGCUGCUGCUGUUGCACACGCCGCUGGGACGACGGAUGAGGGCGGUGGAGUUGCUGGUAGUGGCUCUGCUUCUGGAUCCACCGGCGCUUCCAUCCCUGCUGCUGCCGCUGCAGUGGGGCGUGCUACAGCCUGCGCGCGUGAAGGCGCUGCCGUCCCCUGUGCUGAGACGGCAGCACACGCCAGCCCUAGCGCUCCUCGCCACUCUGCCGACCCUGCUCUCCCUUCUGCACCCGGUGCUGCCACUCCUGCUGCUGCUGCUGCUGCUGCAGGACCGGCGCUGCAAGAAGCGGCGACUGUGGAUGGCGCCGCAAGCAGGGCUGCGCGCGUGGAGAGCAGCAGCGGCGCGUUGCAAGGGAGUGCAGCGCACGAGCGUGCAGAGGGGAGCGCUGCGCAAGGGGGGCCCAGUGCAGGAGCGGAGGGAGCAGGGGGGAGCGGAGGGGAGGGGGGUGGGGGAGCGGGUGGGGACGAGGAGGUGGCGCGGGCGGCACAGCUGGCGGAGGACGAGCGGCUGGCGAGAGAGCUGCAGCGCGCGUUCGAGGAGGAGAGCAGCAUUCCGUUCUCGGGCGGGGCUGCUCGCGCUGCCAGUGCUCUGGCAGGGAGGGGCGUGGGAGGGGGCGCGGACGGUGGCGUGGAGCAGAGGAGGAUAGGGGAGGGGGAGAGGGAUGUGGCGGGGAGAGAGGAGGUGGGAACAGCAGGGGGUGAAUCUGCAAGGGCUGCUGGCAUUGGUGCGACUGGCGGCACUGGUGGCGGCACUAGUGGCGGCGCCGAUGGUGGUAUUGCUGGUGCUCGCAACCCCCCCGUGGCUGCAGUGCCACCUGCACCCCUGAGACCUCUGGAAUCUGCCCGUCUUGCACGGGUGGGCAUGGCAGCACCUGCAGAACGCGCCACGCUGGACAUGGGGUUGCUGGAAGGGGGUGCAGGCGAGGAAGCUUAUAUGGAGGAUAUUAUGGACGGGGGCCAUGAGGGCCAUGCGGGGCAUGAGGUGGACGAGGACGCGCUGAACGAGGUGGACGACGCGUUUGACUUUGACGUCGCGCUGGGGGACGCUGCCCCCCGCCUGCAUGACAUGCCCCCUCCUGCCGCCUUGCCUGCCGGUGACGGCGCUCUGCCUGUGGCGGUGCAUGGGGGGGAAAGGGGGCACGGAGGGCAUGGAGGGCGCGAGGGGGGGCAGGCCAGGAGAGGGGUGCCGUGGUUCCCUGGCAGCCUUGAGGAGGAGGCUGGGCAGUGGCAGGCGCGCGUGGCACGGCGGUGGGGGCAUGCAGGGGGGCCGGCUGGGGCUGAGGGGCAGCCUAUGGGGGUUGGUGCUGGCAGAGGGGGAGGAGAGGGCGCUGGGAUGCCGGGGAUGGGCGCUGUGAGUCUGGGGCCGUGGCACGAGGCAGAGGCAGAGGCAGAGGCAGAGGCAGGCACUGGUGUGAUGUCGACAGCCUCUGAGCUGUCGUCUCCAUCGGCUGAUCACGCUGCUGCCCCUUCCUCGCCCUCUCUCCGCAAUCUCCCCUCCUCCCCUGCCUCUCCCUCCCUCCGCAAUCUCCCCUCCUCCCCUGCCUCUCCCUCCCUCCGCAAUCUCCCCUCCUCCCCUGCCUCUCCCUCCCUCCGCAACCUCCCCUCCUCCCCCACCUCGCCCUCCUUCCGCAAUCUGCCUUCCCCUCCGCACUCGCCCUCCACGCAUGGCCCGCUGCACCGCGGGGGAUCCGAGAUGCACGCGCCUCAUGCGCGUACCACGGGCAGGGCUGCUUCUGCAUCCGCGUCUCCCGCCACCAGUGCAUUCUCCUUCGGCACGCCUGCCGACUCCUCUGCCUCUGUGGCCAUGCGCAUGCACCGGGGGGGGUUUCUGCGCGCAUCCCAACUGCGCACCACGCGCCCCGCCUCUUCACCUCCUCCUCCUCCUGCUCCUCCUCCUUCUGCUGACCCCCCUGCCACAGCUCCACCACAGCCCCACCCCCCUGCCCGGGCUGCUGUCAUCGCCUCGCCCCACGCGGUGCUGCCCCUGCCAGCAGACUCCCCCUGGGCGCUCGGCAUGCGCGCCCGCGUGGGUGAGGGGCGCCUGCCCGCCCGCGCACGUGCCAGAGUACCCCUGCGCCCCUCAUCGCGCUCCGCUAUCAUGGGAGCAGGUGGCGAUUCGGGCGGCAACUCGGGCAGCGUGGGCAGCACCAGACCUGCCGCCCUUGCCCCUGCCGCCACCCUGUCUGCUGCCACAGUCACACCCGCGCCUGCCGCCACUCUCCUCUCACCGCAUGCUGUCACACCUCAUGCCAUUGCACCACCGCCCAUGGGUACUGCCACGGCCGAAGCAGUGGGGGAGUUCGGCAUGGGGCAGCAGUGGGAGCAGGCAGCGCGUGAUGUGUUGGGCGUGGAUGAGAGGGCCGCACACAGGGGGGAGGCGAGAGGGGACAGGGGGGAGGCGAGAGGGGACAGGGGGGAGGCGAGAGGGGGACAGGGGGGAGGCGAGAGGGGACAGGGGGGGGCGAGAGGGGACAGGGGGGAGGCGAGAGGGGACAGGGGGGAGGCGAGAGGGGACAGGGGGGAGGCGAGAGGGGACAGGGGGGAGGCGAGAGGGGACAGGGGGGAGGCGAGAGGGGACAGGGGGGAGGCGAGAGGGGACAGGGGGGAGGCGAGAGGGGACAGGGGGGAGGCGAGAGGGGACAGGGGGCAGGCGAGAGGGGACAGGGGGGAGGCGAGAGGGGACAGGGGGCAGGCGAGAGGGGACAGGGGGCAGGCGAGAGAGGGAAAGGCGAGAGGGGAAAGUGGGGAGGAGGGAUGCGCUCACACUGGAGAUGAGGCUUAUGGGGGGGAUGAGGGCCGAGGGGAUGGGGAGGGCAGGGUGGGCGGCAGGGGGGAGGGCAGAGGGGAGGGCGGAUUUGGCGGGGGGAGCGCGGAGAUGGCGGAAUCAGAUGGCAGCAGCGCUCCCCCGCGAGCACCCCAUGGCAGGUCGCGGCAUGGGCGGCCGUGGCGUGGCGAGGCCAGGCACAGGGCAGCAGCGCAAGGCCGCGAGGAGGAUGAUGCCCGGGGGAGGGCUUUUGCUGCAAGGGUGCACGCAAGGCUGGAUGGCAGGGCGGGCAGGGCGGGCAGGGAAGGCAGGGAGGGCCGGGUUGAGAGGACGGGCAGGGGCAGGGGGGUUGGAGAGUGGGAGGCAGGGGCUGACAGGAGUGAUGCAGUGAGGGUUGACAGGCGACUGGUGGGUGUGGUUGGUGCGGGCGAGCGGGGCAUGGGAGUGGGUGGGGAGGGUGGAGGGCAUGGCACAGGUGAGCAGAGCAGGCGUGGCGCUGUGGCUCUGUCAUCCCGGCCGUCUGAUGCCCUGCCGCCCGUGGGUGCUCAGCCCCUGCUGCUGCCGUCCUUUGCCGCCCACCACAGAGGGCUGCACGCCUGGCGCCCUGCUGGCAGUGGCACGUAUGGUGGCGCCGGCGCGGGCGGUGAGGGUGGGCAGGGGGGGGGCGAGGGGGGAGGGGAGAGCGGAGAGGGUGGGGAGACAGGGUUCUCGUGGCACAUGGGGCGUCGGGUUGAAAGGGACGGUGCCACUGCUGCUGCUGCUGCCGCUGCUGUGGACGACGGUGUUGGGAUGAGUGAGGGUUCUGCUGAGGGGUUGAACCGUGGUGAGGGGAUCGCCAAUGCUAGUGCACCCCAUGCCGUGGGUCCUCCUCCGCACUCUGCUGUCACAGCCGCCAUGGGCCAUGCUACCGCAACACAUGCACACGCCAUGCCACCACAUGACGCCCUUGCUGCGCCACCACCACCCCAUGCCUCCCCUGCAGCAGCAGCACCACAUGACCCCUCCCCCUCUGCCCCGCUUGCCACGGCGGACCUGCCUCUCGCCCCGCACUGGAGCCCCCUCCUCCUUCCCUCCGCGCUCUCCCCACCCGCGCCUCCUCAGGCGGCCUGGCAGGAGGCGCGAAGAAGGGCGUUGGGGUUGGAAGCAUGGAGGGAGCGGAGGAGGGGCAUGGGCGCGGGGGAUGGGGGCGAGCGGAGGAGGUGGCGCGAGUGGGCGAGUGUGCGGGGCAUGGGUGCUGCAGGCGCCGCAGGAGCUGCAGAUGAGUCCAGCGGGGAGGUGCUGCUCGUGGAGGCUCGGGCGCAGCAGGAACGGGAGGCGGUGGAUCGGCGGGCACGGGAGGCUCGGGAAGCUCUGGAGCGGCGGCUGAGGGAGGCUCGGGAGGCGGUGGAGCGGCGAGCGAGGCAGGCGGUGGAGAGGGUGGUUGGGGAGACGGGGCUGGUGCCUGGGGCUCCUGAAGGCAGUCGUGGGGCUGCUAAUAACGAGGACAGGGACGAGGACGGUGGCUCUGCGCUGGCGAGUGUUGUGGCUUCUGUGGGAGAGGCUGUGAGGGAGGCUGCGAGGGAGGCUGCGGCUGCUGAAGCUGGGGCAGCUGCUGCUGCUGCUGCUGCUGCUGCUGCUGAUGGCGAUGGUGAUGGGGCUGCUGCUGGUGCGGAGGUCGGAGUGGGCGGGGAGGGUGGGGCCAGCAGGAGGGGAGGGGAGGCGGAGAGGAGGCGGCAAGUGAUGGGGGCGUGGAGGCGGGACAGGGCGGGCAGGUCCUUCCGCUCCGCCGCUGAAAUCAUCUCCGACCCUGUUCCCCCUGCUCUGGGGAUGCAUGUACCAUCAGCAGUGCACGCUGCCCUUGCCAUGCAUGUGGUAUUUUUCCACAUUCCGCCAUACCACAGCAACAUGGGUAGCAGCAUUGUCAAGGGCAACUCCGCCUCUUCCCUCAUGCCACGCAUCCAUCGCCCACCUCCCCUCUGUCAGGCAGAGGACAGCGAUUUGGACCCAUGUGCCAUUUGCAUCGAGGUGCCUCCACCGCCCUCAUGCCACGCAUCCAUCGCCCACCUCCCCUCUGCCAGGCACAGGACAGCGAUUUGGACCCAUGUGCCAUUUGCAUCGAGGUGCCCUCACCGCCCUCAUGCCACGCAUCCAUCGCCCACCUCCCCCCUGCCAGGCACAGGACAGCGAUUUGGACCCAUGUGCCAUUUGCAUCGAGGUGCCCUCACCGCCCUCAUGCCACGCAUCCAUCGCCCACCUCCCCCUGCCAGGCACAGGACAGCGAUUUGGACCCAUGUGCCAUUUGCAUCGAGGUGCCCUCACCGCCCUCAUGCCACGCAUCCAUCGCCCACCUCCCCCCUGCCAGGCACAGGACAGCGAUUUGGACCCAUGUGCCAUUUGCAUCGAGGUGCCCUCACCGCCCUCAUGCCACGCAUCCAUCGCCCACCUCCCCCCUGCCAGGCACAGGACAGCGAUUUGGACCCAUGUGCCAUUUGCAUCGAGGUGCCCUCACCGCCUGAAGUGAUCCGCCGCCUGCCCUGCGCCCACGCCUUCCACCGCGAUUGCAUUGACGAGUGGUUGAGGCGCCGCGCGGUGUGCCCCAUCUGCAAGCGAGACACACGGGGCACGGAGCAGUGA